ACUGGGAUGGACUGGGAGGGCACUGGGAUGGACUGGGAUGGACUGGGCGGGGCCCUGGGGGGGCGGAGCCGCUGCACCGUGUGCGGAGUGUUCCGGAGACACGCCCUGGAGAGAGCGGCACGGGAGAUGGGAGCGGACUGGAUCGCCACUGGCCACAACGCCGACGACGUGGCCGAGACGGUGCUGAUGAAUUUCCUGCGCGGCGACGUGGCGCGGCUGCGGCGCGCGGCCAACGAGGCCACCGUGGCCACCAACCUCACCUGGGGGGCCACCAACGUCACCACGGCCACCAACGAGGCCACCACGGCCACCGACCUCACCUGGGGGGCCACCAACGUCACCACGGCCACCAACGAGGCCACCACGGCCACCAACAGGGCCACCAUGGCCACCAACGGCAGCGAGGCCUGGGGGGCCACCAAGGUCACCAGUGGGGCCACCACGGCCACCAACAGGACCUUGGCCACCAAGGAGGUCUCAGAGGCCACCAAGGAGGCCGCCGCGGUCAAGGAAGCCGUUGUGGCCACCAGCGUGGUCAGUGAGGGCAGGGACAACAACGAGGUCACCGUGGCCACCAAGAGGAACCAAACAGAGCCCAACGAGGACCCAACGGAACCCAAUGAGAACUCAGAGGAACCCAAUGGGAACCCAACAGAACUCAACGAGAACCCAACGGAACCCAUCAAGAAUUCAACAAAACUCAAUGAGGACCCAACAAAACCCAACGGGAACUCAAUGAAACCCAACGAGAACUCAACAAAACUCAACGAGAACCCAACAGAACCCAACGAGAACCCAACGGAACCCAACGAGAACUCAACAAAACUCAACGAGAACUCAACGGAACCCAAGGAGAACCCAACGGAACCCAUCAAGAACUCAACGGAACCCAACAAGAACUUAGAGGAACCCGAUGAGAACCCAACGGAACUCAACGAGAAUUCAAUGAAACCCAACGAGAACCCAACAAAACUCAAUGAGGACCCAACGGAACUCAAUGAGAACUCAACGGAACCCAACGAGAACCCAACGGAACCCAACGAGAACUUAGAGGAACCCAACGAGAACCCAACGGAACCCAAUGGGACCCCAACGGAACCCAUCAAGAACCCAACGGAACCCAACGGGGAUCCAACAAACCUCAAUGAGAACUCAACAGAACCCAACGAGAACCCAACGGAACCCAACGGGGAUCCAACAAAACUCAACGAGAACCCAACGGAACCCAACGAGAACUUAGAGGAACCCAAUGAGAACCCAACGGAUCUCAACGAGAACUCAAUGGAACCCAUCAAGAACUCAACGGAACCCAACAAGAACUUAGAGGAACCCAAUGAGAACCCAACGGAACUCAACGAGAAUUCAAUGAAACCCAACGAGAACUCAACAAAACUCAAUGAGGACCCAACGGAACCCAUCAAGAACUCAACAAAACUCAACGGGGAUCCAACAAACCUCAAUGAGAACUCAACAGAACCCAACGAGAACCCAACGGAACCCAACAAGAACUCAACAAAACUCGACGAGAACCCAACAGAACCCAAUGAGAACCCAAUGGAACCCAACAAGAACUCAACGGAAUCCAACAAGAACUUAGAGGAACCCAAUGAGAAGCCAACGGAACUCAACAAGAACUCAACAAAACCCAAUGAGAACCCAACAAAACUCAACGAGGACCCAACAGAACCCAUCAAGAACUCAACAAAACUCAACGGGAACCCAAUGGAACCCAACGAGAACUUAGAGGAACCCAAUGAGAAGCCAACGGAACUCAACAAGAACUCAACGGAACCCAACAAGAACCCAACGGAACCCAAUGAGAACCCAACAGAACUCAACGAGAACUCAACAAAACUCAACGAGAACCCAACGGAACCCAACAAGAAUCCAACGGAACCCAUCAAGAACUCAACGGAACCCAACAAGAACUUAGAGGAACCCAAUGAGAAGCCAACGGAACUCAACAAGAACUCAACAAAUCUCAAUGAGAACUCAACAAAACUCAAUGAGAACUCAAUGAAAUCCAUCAAGAAUUCAACAAAACCCAACGAGGACCCAACAAAACCCAAUGAGAACUUAGAGGAACCCAAUGAGAACCCAACGGAACUCAACGAGAACCCAACAGAACUCCUCAAGAACUUAGCAAAACUCAAUGAGGACCCAACAAAACCCAACAGGAACUCAAUGGAAUCCAAUGAGAACUCAACAGAACUCAACGAGGACCCAACGGAACCCAACGAGAACCCAACAAAACCCAACAAGAACUCAGAGGAACCCAAUGAGAACUCAACAAAACCCAACAAGAACUCAGAGGAACCCAAUGAGAACUCAACAAAACUCAAUGAGAACCCAACAAACCUCAAUGAGAACUCAACAAAACUCAACGAGGACCCAACAGAACCCAACGAGAACUCAACGAAACUCACCAAGAACCCAACGAAACUCACCAAGAACCCAACAAAACUCACCAAGAACCUAACGAAACCCCCCAAGAACCCAACGCGCCCCACCAAGAACCCAACGAAACCCCCCAAGAACCCAACGAAACCCCCCAAGAACCCAACACGACCCACCAAACCCUCCAGCAGCCCCGCCGGGGCCGCGCCGUGGCCGACGGUGCCGCGCCUGAAGCCGCUGCGCCACGCCUCGCAGAAGGAGAUCGUGCUCUACGCCCACUUCCGGGGGCUGCCCUACGCCAGCGCCGAGUGCCGGCACGCGCCGCUGGCCUUCCGCGGGCACCCGCGGGCGCUGCUGAAGGAGCUGGAGGCGGCGCGGCCGGCGGCGGUGGCGGCGCUGGCGCACUCGGGGCGGCGGCUGGCGCUGGGCGCGGCGCCGGGGGCGGGGGCGGCGCCGGGGGCGUGCGGGCGCUGCGGCGCCGCGGCCAGCGGGGAGCUGUGCAUGGCCUGCGUGCUGCUGGCCGCGCUGGACCAGGGCCGGCCCCGGCUGGCGUUGGGCAAGCGCAGGCUCAGGGUGGCCACCGAGGGCGGGGGAGGGCAGGGGGGUGGUGGAUACUGGGGGGUGGUGGUCAAGGGGUCGGUGGCCACCAGGAUGGAGGAAGUGGCCACAGGGAGGGUGGACAAAGCUCUGGUGGCCCCGCUGGUGGCCGGGCGGUGGCCGCCCCGGUGGCCGUGGAGCUGCAGGGCCAUGGUGGCCAUGGUGGUGGCCCUGGUGGCCCCGGUGGCCGGGCGGUGGCCGCCCCGGUGGCCGUGGAGCUGCAGGGCCAUGGUGGCCCCGGUGGUGGCCCUGGUGGCCCCGGUGGCCGGGCGGUGGCCGCCCCGGUGGCCGUGGAGCUGCAGGGCCGCGCCGGGCGCUCGGAGCGGCGCCGCCUCCGCGCCUUCGGCCACGGGGGGAGGGGCCCGGGGGGCACCCGGGGGGGGGGUGGGGGACAUCUGGGACUUCUGA